AUUCUUACACACAUGCUCUCACAAGUCACAACACAAAACGGCAAGUCGCUGGCGGGCUGUGUAAAAGUUAUCUCUUCUACUAUUGGCUUAUCAUCUUUGGGUUAUCAUGAGCUGGUUUUCGGUUUGAAAGGUUAAAAGAAGUCGUGAAGAUCAUUGGACGUUUGUAAGCUUUCAGGAAACAUUUAAUGCUGUGCAAUAAAGUGCUGUGGACACCUUGAUAUAUAAAUUAUAAAAAUUUUGAAAAUGGCGAGCAAAAAAGAAGCCGUGAGAUCUCGACUCAAUCCUAUGGCAUGGGUGAUGUUCACUUCACUUGUUAUUGAUCUUAUUGGUUUCACCAUUAUUUUGCCACUUAUGCCAAAACUGCUAGACCACUACAGCCUUAGUGGUGGUGCUUCCAUCAGUUUUCUAGAGAGCACCGUGAAAUCUUUACAGCAAAUGUUAAACAUUCCUGAAAAAUUCAAUUCAGUGAUGACAGGAGGUGUCCUGGGUUCCUUAUUUUCUUUUUUGCAAUUUCUGGCUUCUCCAUUGGCUGGAUGUCUGUCUGAUACUUAUGGUAGAAAACCUGCAUUGCUUGUUAGCAUGGUUGGAAUUGCAGCUUCUUAUGCUCUUUGGGUUGUGUCCGACAACUUUGCUCUCUUUGUACUAGCCCGAGCUGUUGGUGGUAUCAGUAAAGCUAAUGUGAGUUUGGCCACAGCUGUAAUGGCAGAUAUUACAGACAAUUUAACAAGAGCUAAAGCCAUGGCCUUAGUUGGUGUUGCCUUCGCAAUCGGUUUCAUAAUAGGACCAGUCACGGGUGCAGCAUUUUCUGUUUGGGGUGUCGAUAGCAGCACAGGAAACUGGUGGUUUUGGCCGGCGAUUUUCUCGUUAAUUUUAGCUGUUCUAAACUUCGGAUUUCUAUCAGUAUUCUUUACCGAAUCGUUAUCCAAGGAAAAAAGGGCAAAAUCCCUACAGUUAUCUCAAACAUGGAAUCUCGUCAAUCCCGUUUCCCUUUUUAAGUUUCAGUUAGCUGAUGGCAUCGCUAAAAAAGAUCUCGAAAAAUUGAAAGUACUUGGAAGAGUUUAUUUUUUGUUUUUGUUCCUCUUUUCGGGACUGGAGUACACAUUGACAUUUUUGACACAUUUGCGGUUCGACUAUAACGCUGCUCAGCAAGGGAAAAUGUUGCUCUUCAUCGGCUUGCUGAUGGCGAUCUUCCAAGGUGGUUUAGUACGCCGUGUCAAGCCUGGCAAAGAAAAAAUGCUCGCGUUAGUCGGUCUAGGGGUUAUAAUUCCUAGUUUUGUUAUUGUGGGUCUCUCAAACAGUGCAACAGCGUUGUAUUUCGGACUUGGUUUGUAUUCUCUGGGAUCAGCCAUUGUUAUUCCGUGCCUAACUGCUAUGACAGCUGCGUAUGGGCGAGCCGAUCAGAAGGGUGCAGUAAUCGGCACCCUAAGAUCCUUGGGAGCACUUGCUCGAGCCUUCGGUCCAUUAGUAUCUUCGUUUGAUACACUACAACAGAAUAAUACUUAUAUGAAGCAGCUUUCUUCAACACUUGUGGAAUGGCAAGACGAAGUUGUAAGAGUACAAAAUGUAUAUCACAGUAAAGUUGAAAAAGCUAAGGAAGUCAUAAUCAAGCUGAAAGAGGAAAAUGCUAUGUUAAAGCAAAGAAUUGACUUGAUUGGAAAUAAUACUUGUUCAAGUUUAAAUGUUCCUGGAGUUGUAAGACCAAUCCAUGCUCAGGAAGGAUUUGAAUCCCUCGAUAGCUACGUUCUUGUUGCUUCUUCACCGCCAAGCGAUCAAACAUUAAAGGAAAAACAGCAAGGUGAUGAAUUACCAAGCUAUGAUUCCCUUUUUCACGAGCGCGAAAAUGCCAAACGAAAUACAGGUACGUUCCUGAGCCAAAUGCAAAACGAAGCAGAUUUCCUAAGGGAGCAGCUAGCAAAUGAAAUGGAAAGCAACAAGAACAAACAAAUUUUACUGAAUCAAACGACAGCUCAGCUGGAUCAGUUGAUGGUUGACUUUCAAGAACUGUCUAAGAAAUGGGGACAGAGGAGCCAGGUUGUGGAAGGUCCUAGCGUUGCAGAGUUAGAGGAGUUGACAAACGCAAACGUACAAUUUAAAAAAAAAUAUGUUGAAUUGGAAGAGCAAGUAACUUCAGCAAACACUCGGCUGGCUGUCGCAGAAGAAAUGGUGCUUAGCAAACAAGUUGACAUCACGGAAUUGCAAACUGAAAUAGCCCGAUUGGAAAAGUGUUUGGAAACCAUGCCUAUCUUGAAAGCACAGAUGGAACUCUUUCGAUCUGAUUUCGAGGCCGAGCGUGAAGCACGGCAAACUUUAGCUGGAGAAAAGGAUACUUUGCAACAAGAAAUCCGUCUAUUGAAACGGCAAUUAGAAGGUACUGUAGAAAAUUCUUUCGUGUCAGUAUCAGGCCAUCCGUCGGACGACGUGGUAGUGACAAGUUUCGAGUGUCCGAAAUGCAAUCUAGCAUUUCAGUCAAACGACGCACUCAAUAAUCAUUUAGAUGUAUGUUUAACGCAACACAUGUUUCCAUAAAUUACUUGCCUACUAAAGAUUGAUUUAAACGUACAUUUUAAAACCGUUAAACAUCCAUUUAAACCGUUAAACAUCCAUUUAAACCGUUUCGUUUAGAAAAUUAUGUUAGAAUUUAUUCAAGAAACAAAAAAACGUGUGUUCGGAAAACACGUAACAAGUAUUCAGGAUGUUGAAACGUUAACAUUUGUUUGACUUCUAAAUUGAUUAAUUAGGUCAUUGUAGCCAAUUGCGUGCCUUUGUAAUCCCAGAUAGUUUAUUACUUGUUCAAUAAAACUGUUUGGGAACUACAACAAAA